AUGACUGCCUCAUUACCACGUCGUUUUUUGACCAGCGAUCAAGGCACAUUUGGUGCUUAUACCGCAUCCGUCCGUUGGCCUAUCAUUGUCCAGAAUAUUAUCGAUGAUCUUUUGAAAGAAGUUGAUACUUUAAAUGACGACGAGAUUAUAAAUCAAGGUAAAAUAAUUGAAGAGCAAUUAGCUGCCUUUCGUUUGGAGAUUAUAAACGAUGCUAAAUUAAGAAAAUUUACUGCUGAAGAAUGUGAAAUUGCAUCUGUGCCAUUAACCUUCAACAAGUACUUAGAUGAACAUUCAGGUGCUACUUGGUUAAAUGCUGAAUGGCUCUUCACUGAAAUCUACCUGUACAGAAGAGUCAAUGUAAUCUUCAGGUUACAAUCGAGCAAGCAUUGGAAGUCAUUCGACUGUUUCAAUGGAUUAAAACAGUCAACCUUCCAAGCUUCCUGCCACGGGGUUGCAGAAUUAGCCAUAAGAUAUCAGAAUUUAUUACCACAAUUAGAAAAGAGCAACCAUGAUGAAGAAGUUUUAAAGUUACUAUUCCAGGAAUUCAUCGAAAUAUCAUUGUGGGGCAAUGCUACCGAUCUCUCUUUAUUAACGAAUGCCACUCUAGAAGAUAUCAAAUCUAUCCAAGGUCAAAAGGCAAGGGAAGAAUCGGAAUCCAAGAUUUUAAUCAAUGACACUGAAAAGGCCUGGAAUCAACUUAUCAAGAGUGGCAAUAAAAGUGGAAAACGUGUCGAUUUUGUAUUAGAUAACUCCGGUUUCGAACUUUAUGCCGAUUUGAUGUUAGCUGCUUUCCUAUUACAGUCAAAAUUAGCUUCUGAAUGUGUCUUCCAUGCUAAGGAUACGCCAUACAUGGUGAGUGACACAAUGAUUAAAGAUUUCUUCAUCCUAUUAAAUGAUUUAACAGAUCCAUCAUUCUUCUCUAUCAGCGACAAGAACUCAACUGAAUCAAAGGCUUUAAAUUCAUUUGCCUCCGAUAUCAGGGCUUUUUAUGAUAAAGAAAUGAUCACUUUUGAAGAUUCUGAAUUCUGGACGACGGACCUUGAUUAUUGGAACAUUGAUGGCGAUAGUCCAAUUCUUAAGGAAUUACAGAAAUCCGAUUUAGUGAUUUUCAAAGGUGACUUGAAUUACAGAAAAUUAACAGGUGAUAGAACGUGGUCUCGUACUACCCCAUGGGCUCAAGCUAUUGGUCCAUUAUCUUCCAACGGCGUCGUCUCGUUGAGUCUAAGAACCUGUAAAGCUGACGUUCAAGUCGGCUUACCAGCCGGCCUUGAUGAAAAUUUGACCAAGCAAUGGGAAGUUGAUCAUCCAGGUCAAGGCUCAUGGUGGACGUGUAGCGGUAAAUGGGCUGUUAUUUGCUUUGCAGCUUCUCACUAA